UCAGACUCACACAAACUGUUUGUCCCACACAUACUGUGGUUACCCAUCCACUCAACAUAGCAUGCAACAUCCGUACUAUAAUGCAUGAUCAAUUGCUGUUCUUGGCUUCGUACAGACAAAAGAAAUGUUAGAAAGGUGUUCCCUUUGGAGAUAUGUGAAAAUUGUGGCUCAAUGAAUAUACAUUUGGUGUUUCUGGAUGUUCACUUCAACAUAACUGCAUGUGAAAUAGAAACUCAGGGUUAAGUGAGUUUCGAUAUUCGGCGUUUCAAUGAACAUUUUGAAGCUGUGCAUAAGUGAUAAAAUUAAUUGAUGAAUCAUGCCGAGGAAACUCUUGAAAUUCCUCAUCUUGUUUGACAACUCCUCCCUAUUGUAUUUUCCUGGUCAGUUUCUGUCCGGGAGGGUAUUACUCGAGCUGCAAGAAAAUACAUCAUUAUUAGGAUUACAUUUUCAUGUUGUCGGAGAGUGUGUGGUGCGUGUACGAUCAGGGCGCCAUGAGCGAUCAUACGAUAAAGAGAACUAUAUUGACUUCCGAAUGCGAUUGUUGGGCGACACUGAACAGCAAGGAGCAACAGUGCUGUCACCUGGAAUACACAGUUUCCCGUUCAAAUUAGGCUUACCAAUAGAUCUGCCGUCCACAUUUCUGGGGCGGUAUGGAUGGGUCCAAUAUUUCUGCAAAGCAGCACUACGAGAGCCAUCUGGAUUGAUACACAAAAACCACCAAGUCUUCAUCGUCAUGAAUCCAAUUAAUUUGAACACAGAACAACCUUAUUUAGCAGAUCCAUUUAGAUGUAAUAUUGAACACAACUUGGGAGUAGCUUGUGUUGGCGGUGGGAUCGUCAAAUGCAAGAUAAUACUUGAUAGGGGAGGAUACGUUCCCGGAGAGUCUAUCAUGAUCACAGCGACCGUAACAAAUUCUAGUAGUGUAACCAUAAAAAGCACAAAAGCUGCGUUAACUGAGACUAUUCAAUAUUUUGCGCACGAUAAACUGGUACAAACGGAAAAACGAGAUCUGGCGGUGAUUGCACGCGGAAAAAUUCGUCCUGGUUGUCGAGACGAUUGGCAAAAUAAAUCGCUUUACGUUCCACCUUUACCACCAACGAAUUUACGAGGAUGUCAUCUCAUUCGAAUACAGUAUGAUGUUUGUUUUUUAAUUGAGCCAAAAUCAAUGGAAAAGCAGGUAAAACUACAAUUGCCAAUCAUCCUUGGAACGUACCCUUUCAAAACAGAGGAUGGCGACAAUACCAACGAAUGGGCGGAAGCUGUUUUAAAACCAGAAACACAUUAUCCGUCAACGCUGCCUAUUUUUAGACCAUUUGAAACCGAUUCAAAGUGAUAGCGAUAUAGCAACGUUUGUAUGGUGUAACAUUCGGAUAUUUGAAAUGACAUGCAAAGCUGUUUUUUCAUUCGCAUUUCAUAAAAUAAGUAUCAUAGAACGGCAUCAAUACGGAGUGCCAUACCAAACAAGCUAUAACAAAUGUCCAGCAAUAUAUUUAAUAUAUCUGAAACUUGUGAUAAAUAAAAAUCAUGCUACAACUUA